AUGCCUGAAGAACAAUCCCAGCAGAACCCCACCCUCCUAGGCGGCCUCACCAACACCCUCGGCAACACCGUCGGUGGUCUCGGCCAGACCGUGGGCAAUACCGUCGGUGGGCUAGGACAGACGGUCGGCGGCGCCACCCAGGGACUCGGCGAGACGGUCUCGGGGGCGACAGACGGCCUGGGACAGACGACCAGUAGUGUUGGCAAUAGCACUAAGGAUACCUUGGCUAGUAUUGGGGGGGAGAGGAAGUAA